GUUUAAUUGUUUCCAUAGAAAACGAAUUCAAUUGCGUUACUGCUCAGAUAUCUUUUCGUAUAUCAAAUAAGAUUCUAUUCGUGAUGCCUAAUUUAUUGAUGUGUAUCCUUCCAUAUGAUGAACGAGUUCUCCUUGACGGAACUCAGAAACUAACCAAAAAACGAAGUAGCUAGUUUUGCUAAAUCGUUUUUUAUAAUUUCACUCUUCUCAAAACCGAUAAGCCGAUUCAUUUCACACCACUGCUAAUAAAAUUUGAGAGAAUUAAUCCACGCAGCCACAUGCUUGUGUCGCAAUCGUAAUCUUCAUUCUAACAUGAUCAAUUGAUUUUGAUCGGAUUUACAUCUUCAGUUUUCUUGUCUGAUGUCAAAACAUUUCUAGAAUAUCAGAAGAUGAUACGCUUCAACUCAUCUCGUACGCCUUCAACAUACCUGAGGAAGCAAUCAAUGAGUAUCUUCAGCUAUCUGUGGUUCAUAAUUGAUUUGAUGGUGAUGGUGGUGACUACAACUGUGAUCAUCGUUCUGUUCAUGAGAAAGAAUGAACUGCGCGAAUUUUUCAUGGGACGGUUCUAUUUGGUGUAUAUCAUUUUAUCAGUCGGCGUCUUCCUGUUCUUUCUGUCUGUAUUCGUGAAACAAAUCCGUUCGAAAUCUCUUCCUGUUUGCAUAAUGCUUGAAUUUACAGAUAUACUGUGGUCUGUGUGCUUGGCUGCUAACUUGCCAUCCUUCAACAUGAUGCUUGUAUUACUAUCACUGGCUCCGACAGUUGUGUUUACACUUCUGAUAGUCGUACUGGCUUUACAACUACCACCUUUUAAUCUGAAUGGAGUCGCACUCUUCGCUUCUGUAUCAGCCAUCUUUGCGAUGUUGUCAAUCAUCACGAAUGUUUGCAGUUGCUUGAUCAUGAAAGGUGUUAUUUCAGUGGCGAGUUUCAUUCAGCAUACGUCAUAAUUAGCUGUGAUAUUUGUAGUCCGAAAUAUGGCUACCAAUCCCAUUGAAUCUUUCAAGACAUGAUAUCUUGAUGGUCGGCAUUGUUGAGAUCUGAAGCGUUCAUCAUGAAAGAUGUGUUCAUGAGGUAAUAUGCGUACAACAAUAAACCUAACUGUGUUUCUUCUCAAGUCAUCUACUCUAUUUCUGCAUUUAUUUUAGACUCAGAUAAUC